AUUGUUCGAUUGGAUGGGUCUGAGUACAACAUUCAGACAUGGCGGAAGGAACGGUGGACCAGGUUACUGAUGGAGAGCAAGAAGAAGCAUAUUUUUAUCGAGAAAGGAGUAAAUGUACACCAGAAGAGGAGACAAAGCUCGAAAGGCAACACUUUUGGAAAGUGAUCGAUGCGUUUAGAUACUACAGGAUGCAUGUUCAAGAGCGGGUGAAUCGAGCAGAGCGUCAGUUCCAGAGUCUUCCGGAGCAUCACCAGCUGCUGCUGCCCGGGGUCUUGCCCAACCUGGCCCGUAUCCGCCGCAGUGUGGACCACAACCAGGAGGUGCUGCAGGCUAUCGUGCUCAACUGUAUCCACAUGUUUGAGAACAUGGAGUAUGGUGACGAGGAUGACCUGAGGAAGGUGGGUACGUCUUCCACGUUCGACAUGGACAAGCUCAAGUCCACCAUUAAGCAGUUUGUGCGUGACUGGAGCGAGGCCGGCCAGGCUGAGAGAGACUCCUGCUACCUGCCCCUCAUCCAAGAGAUCCAGAGACUCUUUCCCAGCAACAAGUGUGAUGUGUCCAAGGUGAGCGUGCUGGUUCCGGGGGCAGGGCUUGGUCGCCUGGCAUGGGAAAUCGCUCGUCUGGGUUAUGCCUGCCAAGGCAACGAAUGGAGCUUCUUCAUGCUCUUCUCCUCAAACUUCGUCCUCAACAGGUGUGAAAAGGUCAACUCCAUGACCCUGUACCCCUGGAUCCACCAGUUCAGCAACAACAAGAGGUCAUCUGACCAGACGCGGCCAAUCAGCUUCCCAGACGUCAACCCCCAGAGCCUGCCUCCAAACUCGGACUUCUCCAUGGUGGCUGGGGACUUCCAGGAGGUCUACACAGAGCCUAACACCUGGGACUGCGUGGCUACCUGCUUCUUCAUCGACACGGCGCACAAUGUCAUCGACUACGUGGAGACCAUCUGGAACAUUCUGAAGCCUGGAGGCGUGUGGAUCAAUCUUGGCCCACUGCUGUACCACUUUGAGAACAUGGCCAACGAGCUCUCCAUCGAGCUCAGCUACGAGGACGUCAGGGCAGCAAUUUUAAAAUAUGGAUUCCAUUUGGAGGUGGAGAGAGAGUCUGUCCCCACCACCUACACGGAGAAUGAUCAGUCCAUGCUGAAGUACCUGUACGACUGUGUUUUCUUUGUGGCAAGGAAACCUGACCAUCUGUUUGCCAACGGUUACCAGGUGGUCCAUAAGAACAGACCGGAAGUGUCGCAACGGCGAGAGAGCUGCGACAGUCUGACGUGACAUCGUCUGUCAUGACAUUGCAGAGCAACAACCGGAAAAAAAACACAAUUGGCCACCACCAAGAGCAUAAAAAAAAUUGUAAGAUGACAGAAACACAAGUCAAUGGACAGGUUUGCUUUCAUGUUUCUUCUUCUUUAUAUUGUCUCAUCGCCAGAGCUGCCAAAUCACCCUCCUUCCUCCCCUGAGCCUUUGAGAUUGAGACAGAGGCCUAUUAUGAACUCAAGUGACUAAAUCUUUCAGCACAGGACUGUUUGUCUUCAGUUAAAGAGGCAAAGUGACGCCUCUAUCUCCAUGGUGACCUGAUGUAGUUGCAUGCGUGUCAGAGACCCGCCUCUACGUCUUCCCAUUGUAUUUAUUUUGUAAAAUACAGUUACCAACUCUGGCUAUUUAUAGUAAAACAAAAAAGAAAUUUCACUUAAAAUAAUUUGCUGAAGUGGCUGGAGUUGGUUAUUUUAACCUAUAUUGUAUGAUUGGACACAGAUUGAGUUUCAGCAUUACACCCUGGAUCUAGUUACUGUCUCACUUAAUAAAGAAAAACAAUUAUUUAAAACAAAUAAAACGUUUCAUUGACUGAGAGGGAUUGUCUAAUUUUCCUAACUCAAUAGUGUCUUUAGGGUCAUUCCAUGAAAAGUGCCUUUGAUAUUAAGUAUUAAUUGUGCACCAAUAUUGCAUUUUUAAAAGCCUGAUAUUUAAAUGAAGUGCCCUUUAAUAUAGACCACAUUGAGAAUUCAAUAAAUCCAAUUUUUCUUAUAUGAAUAAAGACUUACUCAUGUGCCAAAAAUCCCUCUGUACACCCUCUGUGACUUCUAGAAUGAUUUUAACCCACUUAACCCCAACAUUUCUCCAAGCUUUCACAAUCAUUGUAAAGAUCCAGUUAUUGUGUUGCUUUGACAGUCAUUUCUGAAGAUUAUAAUUUAUUUCAUGUGAUUAGUGAUUCAUUUACACCUGUCCCUCAUUUUAAGGUCACGCAAACUGAACUCUCAAAAACUGAGCGGAUCGAGCAUAGAUCGACAUUCUAGAAAUCAUUUAACAAUAAAUACAUGUUUGUGAAGCUUGCAUUCAAUUGCCACUCCCAGUUGCACACAAGCUUCCAUUCUGUCAAAAGGGUGAUUUAAGAUGAAGCCAUUGUUUACUUUAUUUGACACUUACUAGUCAUUUUUGUUAUUUGACCUUGAGAUGGGAAAACUCGUUUUUUAUUAAGUAGAAUAUGUGCCCUUUAUGGCAGAAUGUUAAAAUUAGGUGAAAGCAAUGUUUUUUUAAAUGUAUUAUAUGCACAUCUAUAUACACCUCAUCAGCCCAGCCAGGCAAUUUAUAAACUCUAUUAAAAACUCUAUUAGACAUUCUCUCACAUUUCUUUUAGACUAAUAUUUAGUUUUCAACUUCGGGGAUUUGUAUAAACCAUGCUGUCUGUCUCUCUGACAUUUGCAACAUUGUUUCAAUAUUUACAUUUGAUCUCCUGCUGUCGCAUAGUAAUGAACGUGACGAGACAGACAGGCAGGCAGCAUUUUUCAGCCAGUCAAAAUCAAGAAUCAGCUGGCAUCAUUUUUAUGGAUCUAUACAAAAAAAUGUCAGUUGAAAAAAGGUCAAACAAAACGCAGCUAAUUUGCAAUCUUUCCAGCUUCAGUUUGAAGUGAUUGUGUUACUGUAGCUGUGUAACUAGAUCCUCUGAACAACAGUGUCCUGACGAGUGAGCGCAUUUUCUAUGCCAGGCAUAAUUGUGCCUCAUUGGCUUAUUGUUAUGGAUGUAUCCAAAUAAAUGUCACUAGAAAACAGCUUACUUUGCUGUUAUUCUGGCUGCACUUUUUGACAUGACUGUAAGUUAGUUGUAGUUGGCUAGCUAGCAAGCAAGUUAUAAGAAUGUUGCCAGCAAGUAUGGCAAUGGAACAUUCUGUAUCUAUGGGGUCACGCCCAUAGAUACAGAAGAAAAAGACUGAACGACUGGGUCGCGUCUCUAGCAACCAUAGAUUUGUGUCGGGACUAGAUCUAGUAUGAAUAAAUUAAUCAAAAUGACGUUUUUUAUGAAAAUAUGUCAAUCAUUAUUUUAAUAUGUUGGUUACCUGUUGUAUAAAAGUGAUAAUGCCCUCGAAGGCGCCCCGGGCCUAACAAAACCUAACAACACUUAAAUAUGAAUCUCAUAUUCCCUCUGUGUGCAGUUAUACACUGCAAUAAGUUGUAGCAUUAUGCCUAAUUAUGAUCAAUGUUAUAAAGUAUGCAACAACU